AUGCAGGCCAUGACAGGAUACAUUGAGCAUGAGUGGUCUAAGAUGCUGAGACAAACUUUUCAUGGGUCUGACAGUGAAGAACAAGUGGUAGCACGUGAAACACGAACUCUGGUUCCAUUUGGGGAUGUGGUUUCUGUUGAAACCUGUUUUGAUGGGCUUAGCAUUGACUGCAUUUCUCUCACAGCUUUCAUCAGUGCUCAUCAAGAUAAUUUGUUCAUUCGGAUAUCAAUAAACACCAUUGUGAAAUGUACAAAAACUUAUAAUUUGACAUCCAGUAGCAAUGAAAAGAACCCUGUAAUUAUAUUUAGUGAUGUGAAGUAUUUUACUAUACAGGUUCCCAGACGUCAAGAGGAUGAGCGCAAUAAAAUUUUGUUGGAACUAAUGCAAUAUGUCAAUUCAGAAAAUAUUCCUUUUCUUUUAGGGAGUGUUGAAGUACAUCUUUAUGAAGUAAUCCAAAAAGGGUGCUUUACUGAAGAAUUAAACAUGUUGAAGAAAAAUAAAUUUGUCUGCAAGUUGGAUGUGGAGUUUAUGUUCACCUAUGGAAACUUUGGGUAUGGAUUUUCACAUCAGUUAAAACCUCUUCAGAAACUUAUCGAGCCAUCUAUGUUUAUGAAGAUUACACCACCCCCGGAGAGAACAGAUCCCCAGACAAAUGUUAUUACACCCCAGCCAAUAAGUUAUCCAGCAUUCUUAUCCCAGGACCUGAAUGUUACUGUUGGAACUCAAACUGAUAAGAAACAUUCCAUCCAGACACCUAUAGUGCAACUAGAAAAGCUUCAGCAACAGCCCCGGGAAAGGCUGAAAAAAAUGAAAUCGAUGUAUAGAAACAUGCAAACAUGGACAGAAAAAGCUGCCUAUUUAGAAAGCAUCAUUAACCCCAAAAUGGAUACUAAAGAUUCUAAGAAAGCUAGUAUGACUGACAAAUUUGAAAGCUGGACUCAUAUAUUAGAGGAGCCUGAAUCUAGAACAUUAGAUGUUCCUGUUACAUCUGAAACUACUGCAGCUGAGGUUUCAUUCCCCACUAUCCCUAUCCUGGAAAUAACAGAAGAUGACGAAGUAAUACCAUUAGGAUAUGAAACAGAAGCCAUGCCAGAGGAAAAUGAGAAAAAAGUGUCUAUACUUCCAUCAGGAGGACAUUUGAAAGCUCCACAGCUGUGCAUUUAUACAAAUACACCAGGCUCAUCUCAACCAGAGGAUACCAUGAACAAUCUGGUGUCUGAGCAGAGACUUAUCACAAGGGUGGAGCAACAGCCGAGGGCCUCCACUGUGGUAGGCAGUGCACAGCGGGAGUGUGGUAUGAGUGCUGCCACUGAUGCGCUGAAGCUACCAGCUUGUAUUGCCAAGCAGACAGCUGCAAAUCUGCAGCACCUGCCAGCUGCAGACAUGAAAUUCCAAACCGAGAGCGGCUACUACAGAAAAAUAGUAUGGUUACUGGAUGACAAACCCCACAGUGCAAUAUGUCGCAAAGUCAGAGAAGAAGAGGAGCCAGCCAAGAUGGUGGCUUUUUCGGGAAAUGAGUUCAUGACACCAUCUUCCAAACAAGAAUAUAUAGAAUUAACAACAAAAUUUAAGGUGAGUCCUGAUUUCAUUUUAGUAACAAUUAUAUCCAGUGCUACAGAAUUUACCUUUUUAUUUCAAUUUCAGAAAUUCCAAUUGGGCAAUUUUGAUCAUUUUCUAAGGAAUGUAAGCAAAGAAAGGCCAGUCAGCAAAAAGGAAGACCAGGAUAUGUACAAAUGUAUAAGCACUUUAAGUCCAGAAGUUGUAGAGCAUGAAGAUCAAGAUCCUCCUUACUCGAAAAGUUUACAAACUGGAGGUUCUUCUAAAUCUAAGAAUAUAUGUCCAAACCCAAGAGUACAGAUGUUUGACACAAAGAGUAAGUUGCCUCCUGAGCCAAGCAUCAGUGCAAAAAAGCCUUCAGAUACUAAAGAUAAGUUGAAAUAUGAGGCUACCAUCUGCACAGUAAAGACUUCAGGUCUUAAGAAUAAGUUGCCACUUGACUCUACUAUCAACACAGUAAAGCCUUCAGAUACUACGAAUAAACUAACUCAAUGCCCCCCCGCCAGGAACACAACAAAGUCCUCAGCUACUGUAACUAAGUUAGUUCAAAACCCCUGUAUGAACACAACAAAGACUUCGGUUACUAAGGCUAAGUUAGUCCAUGAGUCUGAUUGCAUAAAGAAAACGUUAGAAACUAAGUUAGAAGAAAAUCUAUUAAAUGUAUCUUCACCAAACCUCCAUGUAGAAUCAUCAAUGAGUAGAAAUUUAAUUACACCCAAUUGCUCAAAGUCAUCAAAUCUUACUUCUGAUAUAGAAAAUUUAAAGCAAUUAAUGGUACUUAAGUCAAUUUUAAAUCAAAAUCUGCAAGACUUCUCAGACAAGCUGUUUCCUAAGCCAGAAUUUUUUGUGAACUUUGAGGCAAUAAAGGACAGUUCUUCACUCACAUGCUUUCAAGACUCACCACCAAACAGUAGGGAAGAGGAAGCAUUUGCAAAACUCCAAGAUAUAAACCAUUGGCUUUCAGACCAAAGCAUUUUAAGUUCAAAGACUCUUUUAAAUCAGGUUUUUAAAACUAUUCCUGACAAUGUACUUCCUGACAAUGUCCUUCCAUCUCCAGAGAUAAAAGGUGUCUCUGAAAAUCACCUAGACAUUGAUGGGAGCAAUUUUCCAGUGAAAAGAAAGAAUUCUUCUAAAAAGAAACAUUUAAUAAUUGAACCUUCUAGCUUCAAAUCAGAUUUACGUGACCAAGAACAUGACAAUACCAUAAAGCAAAUAUUCACUGCACCAGUUUUCACCCAGUUGGGAAUAGGAAGAAAGGAGCUGAAUGAAGCCCAGAUGAACUCACCGGGUCAGUUGUCCACACCUUGCAACAGAAGUUCAUCUUUAUAUAGACCAGUUAAUGAUGGAGAAAAAGAUGAUAAAAUGCAAUUAACACAGGGCAAAUCUUUUAUGAGCCAGAUAAUACAAACAUUUCCUGUAGAUACUCUUUUAGAAUCUGGGAUAAUCAAAGUGAUAGAACUUGAUAAAGAACACCAAAGCGCUUUGCCAAAUGCAGUGACAACCUCUUCUGAAGAAGAGUUGAAGGAUUGCACAGAAGGCAAAAACAGAACAGAAUCCUGGUCAGGGCAUAAUAUAUUUAGCAUUGCUCAAAAAAUGAAUGCUCCUGUAAGUAGUGUUGAAUAUACAGAAGGUCUUCAGAAUAGGUCCAUACGAAAUUUGAAAUACUCAAUACAAGAUGAAAAACCAGGCAUGUCAAGUGAAAUUCAGAGUCUUGAUAAAGAAGAAAGUGAUCUAAAUUAUACUUUAGAAAUGUUAAAUAACCCGCUGAUGGGUAAUGUUAAUGAGCCCAAUGAAACAAUGUUAAAAUCCUUUUUAAAAAACAUCUUUAAUGUUUUUUUCAAAUAUAAUCAGACUGAAAGAAAAAGAAAACCAGAAAAGGAGCUAGAAAGUCUAAUUCAACGUUCUUUACCGAGUAAUACAGAAAACGUGGAAGAAAUGCAACUAAAUCUUCAUGAAACAGACAAAUUAGACAGAAAAUCGAUUUUGAGUCCAAAGCUACGUUUGUUUCUAGAAGAUCUCUCGGAGUCAGAAAUAAAAAAUUUAAAAUCUGAGUUAAGUAAACAUAUCCAGUGUUACCUUGUAGAAAGACUUUCACAGUCUGGUCAUAUGAAAAAGGAAGACUUAGCAGAACUCUACCAAAAUCUGCAUUUCAUGCAUGAGAAAACAGAACUGAAAGACCAAAAUAUUUCUCAGGAGAAAUAUUCUGAAAUUGUAAAAGAGAUCAUGUCAUUUGUAAAUAAUUUUAACUAUCAUUUCAUCGACAAACAUUUAGAAAUAAAGCUAAAAUCUUUUUUAAAUGAAAUCCUCCAGAACUAUUUCCUAAAAAACAUUUCCGACAGUAGUUUAUUACAAGAGUCAGAAUCUGUAACAAACAUAUCUCCUCUAAGAACUGAAAGUGCUUCAAUAUCUUUGCAUGACUUAGCCCAAGGUAUUGCAAAGGGAAGUUUUAGUCAGAGGCUUGAAAUAAACAUGAAAUAUCCCUUAAGUGAAUCUCUACAAAAUAAUCUUCGCACUUUAUCAGAGAAUAAAUUACUAAGUAUCAGAACUGAUUUAACCAAACAUGUUCAGGAUCUUUUUAUAGAUAAACUUUCAAAAUCAGGCCUAAUGACAGAAAGGCAAUUAAAGGGAAUCAAUCAGCAUAUAAGUUUGCGUAAUCCUACUUGUAUACCAUUAGAAUGCAAAGAAAAAGGUUUGCCUUUUAGAAAUGAAGAUUACUUCAUGGAGGAACAUACAGAAAAGCAAAACAAAUAUUCAGAAACUGGUCAAAACACUCUGCAAAAUGCUCCUGGGGAUACAGGUAUCGAAACAGAACUGAUGAGAAAGGAAGAAAGGGGCAAUCCAUUCUUAUUCAAUGUAAAAGAAGAUCCAUCAACAAUGAAAGAAAACCAUUAUUCUCGAGAGGGGGUAAAAACAUUAAGUUUAACAAAAGUACACUCUACUUUCAACCAAAGUACCCCAGUGAUUCCUUUAAAUAAGUCCUCCGAAGGACUUGCAGAGCUGGUGCUUAAGAAACACAAGAAAGACCAUGGCUUCAUACAACUUACUCAAGCAGAAAAUUCUGUUUAUAAUACAGACACUCCAGACCUACAUAGUUGGGAUGAUAAACCAAAAAUGAUACAGUCAAAAGAUUACUUUGAGAGGAAACUGGAAGCAAAUCCUCUUGGAAGCAGGGAGAGUAUUAAUAUUUGUAAGUUGACUGUUCGGGAAAAUCCUGUAGCAGCAUUGUCACCAUAUCCAAGAAUUCCUAGUGACAAAAUGCCAAGGGAAGAUGAACAUUUAAAUAGAUUCACUUUCUCUUCCUGGCAAACUAACACCGUAAUUCAGUUCAAUUCAGAGAGUGAGGAACCAUCAAAAUUAGACCAGUAUUGUCAGAGAUUAAAAGGAAAUAACAACAACAAUAAAGAACACUUGAUAACCUUUACACAAUUCAAGAAAGAAAUACAAACUCUUUGUGUAAACCCAAGUGAAAUUUGCAGUAAAAAAUAUGCCAAGACCCCUGAAGCACAAUCAUUUAAAGAUGAAGAAAACUCAAAAACAUCCUUUUUCCCAGAAGUAUUGAAGAGAGAAAACAUAAAAUUCAAAGUUCGAAAAGAAAAAGAAACUAUUGCCAAACCAAAAAGGUCACUUGACAAGAUGGUAGGGAUGCCAUCUAACACACUGCCUGCUGCCAGAAUUGAUCCAAAGAAAUCUGUCCCAAGGACUUUGCCUCAGUGCACUGCAAGAAGUACUAUACAUGAUUAUUUGGAUAAAUUUGAGGAUUUACAUGUAACCUCGCUUAACCAUCUUAAAAACUCACAAUCAAGAACAAGACUUUUAGAAAAGAACCCAGAUGACAGCUAUAAUCAGGCAAAACACUGUAUAAGACCGUACACUGCGCCAGAGACUAACAAACGACGAGGGAGUGCCACUGGAAAAUUCUCAUGUCCUCGAAUUAUUACAGCAGACUCACGUUACAUGUGCAGUAGAACCCCAAACUAUUAGAUGUAUAAAAUGUGGCCCAAAAAAUUAAGGGAGGAUGUUGACUAA